CUGGUAGUGUCUCUUCUGAUGGAUGUCCCUUGUAGAUGCCAGCAACCGAGAUGGACUAGAUAUGUAGGCAGCCUAGAAUCUUGUUAUCGUAUUCGGAUCUUAACCACAUGUGUGGGUUAAUGCAGAUGUGGGUAAGUAGCUAGGUAGGUACGGCAUAGUACUUGGACAUGCAGGUUGAUAGCUAUUAUCACGAGGUUCCAUUCUAUUUCCUUGAUCUCCUAGCCUUACUGCCCCUGAGUGCCUCGGCUCGAACGUCAUUUCCGUGAAGAUGGAGAUACGGAGAGCAGUUAAAUGUCAGAUAUGCCCCUUUCUGAGGGGUUAAGGUUACAUCUAUUGCAUGUGGCCUUUCACUCACUGGUCCGUUUUUCGACUUCCUCGCGGCACACCGUGAUAACCUCAAGAGCCUCCUAAGCAGGAACGUUUUGGGAAUCAUGACCUUCUCGACUUUGAAAAGAAUCGCCCCUUGGGCUGCUGCGCUGGCGGCCUCCGUCAUCGCCCAGAAUACAUGCGAAAUAGUGGAGGAGCGUACUUCAAUCUCGACAUUGAAACUGCUUUCAAUAGACUUUAACGAAGAGCAAUCGCAUUACUGGUCUACAGCUUGCGGCGACCUUAAGCCCGCGUGCAUUCUCGAGCCAGAGACAACGGAGGAGGUUGCUGCCAUUGUAUCGAUCCUCCGCGAGAAUAACGAGACAUUCGCUAUCAAGUCAGGCGGUCACAACCCCAACAACUAUUUCGCUAGCGUUGACGGUGGGCCGCUGAUCUCGACCAAGAAACUAAACGAGGUGAUAUUUGAUGCUAGCUCGAAAACAGUAAGGGUUGGUCCUGGAAACAGAUGGGAUGAGGUUGGGGAACAGCUCGAUGCUACCGGUUACACGGUUGUUGGUGGACGCAUUGGCAAUGUAGGCGUUGGGGGUUAUCUGCUCGGAAACGGACUAAGUUUUAUGAGCACGGAGUAUGGCUGGGCAGCCAAUUCGAUACUUGAGGUAACAAUAGUGCUAGCAAACGCAUCGAUUGUCACGGCUUCAGAAACUAGCCACCCCGAACUUUGGAUGGCUCUAAAAGGUGGCGGUAACAACUUUGGCAUCGUUACUUCGUAUGUCCUCCAGGCAUAUGCUCAAGGCGAUGUCUGGGGUGGUAACCUCGAAUUCGACGCGACGCCAAAAAACACUGCAGCCAUCUUAGCUGCUGUGCGAAACUUCACCGAGAACUACUCAGACGGGAAAGCUGGUAUCAUACUGACAGCUGAAAGAACAUUGGGCACCCUCCUAGACAUCUGGAUCAUGUUCUUAUACUAUAAUGGCCCAGAACCACCACAGGGCGUAUUUGACGCUUUCCUCGAUAUUGGGCCGAUAAUCAAUACCUGCAAGACGCAAAGGUAUUCCGAGCUUCUCAGCGGGAACAAUUGGGCUGUCGUCAAGGGCAGUGUCUAUACCAUUGGCACGGAAACGAUGCCCCUACCUAGCCAGGAGGACGGGCCAGAAAUCAUGCAAUCCAUAUACGACCAUUGGGUAAAUGUCAGCGACACUGUUAAAUUUGUUCCAGGAGUUAUCGCUAGCAUUGCGUUUCAGCCUCUACCGAAGGGGGUAGCAACGAUUGCGAAGUCUAAGGGCGGAGAUAUGCUAGACCUCGACGACGACAUCGACCGGAUCAUCGUUGAGCUGGACUAUAGUUUCCUAUUCAAGUCCGACUAUGAGAAGAUUGACCUAACGAUGCGAGCCACGUACGAUGGCAUCCAAGACAUUGUUAAAGGAUACCAGCAAAGUGGCAUGUUGCAGUCGGAUGUCUAUCUGCCAAUUUUCAUGAACGAUGGCUUCUAUCCUCAGGAUUACUUUGGGAGACUGAGGCCUGAGAAGUUGCAGCUCGCUCAGAAAGUUCAAGCUGAAGUUGACCCUGAUGGAUUCUGGAAGGAUAGGACAGGGGGUUUCAAGAUACCGGCUGCUUGAUGGUGAGCAUUACGAAGAGAU